AUGAGGUCUACUCUCCUCCUCUUUGCUCUCGGUCUUGCCGUGAACCAAGCAGCAGCCUGUGAAACCCCAGGCACCUACUGCUCCUCCUGGGGAGAUAUGGCAUGCGAAUGUAACGAAGGGUACCUGUUGGAAUGUGCCCCCGCGCUUGUGUCCGAGAUUGACGGCGAGGGAGGCGAGACUGAAGUCCUGUGGGCCAGAGUCGAGAACUGCCCUGUCCCUGCGGAUGGGGGGCUGCAGUGCGUGGACGGGGCUUGUACGUCUUAGAUAUUGAUAAAGUUAAAUGGCUGAAUUGAAUUACUUCUGUCACUUCCAAUUGACUCG